UCCAAUAUCGGGUCGAAAAUCGAAAUGGUGGAAAUUGGAAAAGUGAGAAGGAAGACGAUCAUGAAUCGACACUGAGAGAGAGAAGAAGAAGAAGAAGCUUCUAGAAGCGAACGGUAAACGCCGGCGAGCGGACCACCUUCGAAGCUUUUCUCCGAUGUCGUUCUCGUUCUUCAAGCCGUCGAGGCCCAAAACCCCUCAGGACGUUGCCAAGGCCAUCAGGGACAGCCUCGCCGCUCUCGAUACCAAGACCGUCGUCGAAGUCAAAUCCCUCGAGAAGGCUUUGGAGGAAGUUGAGAAGAAUUUUGCGACAAUGAGAUGUAUGAUUUUGGGAGACGGAGAGGUUGAGCCGAACGCCGAGCAAGUCUCGCAGCUCGCGGAGGAAAUUUGUAAAGAGGAUGGUAUUUCUCUGCUAAUUCACAAGCUCUCAAUACUUGGAUGGGAAGCAAGAAAGGAUCUUGUCCAUUGUUGGUCGAUAUUGUUGAAGCAAAAGGUUGGCCCCACAUAUUGCUGUGUGCAGUAUAUCGAGGAGCAUUUUGAGUUACUAGAUUUUCUUGUCGUGUGCUAUGAUAACAAAGAAAUUGCCUUGACCUGUGGAAACAUGUUGAGGGAAUGCAUUAAGUUUCCAACACUUGCAAAAUACAUUUUGGAGUCUGCAAGCCUUGAGUUGUUUUUUAAGUUUGUGGAGUUGCCUAACUUUGAUGUUGCUUCUGACGCGUUCUCCACCUUUAAGGAUUUGCUUACUAAACAUGGAAAUCUAGUCUCCGAAUAUUUGACGGCACAUUAUGAUGAAUUCUUUGAACUAUAUGAAAAACUCUUGACAUCUUCUAAUUAUGUUACAAGAAGGCAAUCAUUGAAGCUUCUCUCGGAAUUCCUUUUGGAGUCUCCAAAUUCCCACAUAAUGAAGCGCUACAUUUUAGAAGUUCGGUACUUGAAAGUCAUGAUGACAUUGCUUAAGGAUUCAAGCAAAAACAUCCAAAUCUCAGCUUUCCACAUAUUCAAGGUUUUUGUUGCUAACCCUAACAAGCCGCGAGAAAUCAAGAUUAUUCUGGCUAAAAACCAUGAGAAAUUGCUACAAUUGCUUGAAAAUCUUUCUACUGGAAAAGGUGCUGAAGAUGAGCAAUUUGAAGAGGAGAAAGAGCUUAUCAUGAAGGAAAUUGAAAGAGUAGCUCGCUUCACUAAUCUCAAAUGAUAGGUCAUUUCUCGAUGACGUUGCAUUUUGCGCUGGCCCCCACUUUUUCGACUGCCAAUGGUUUACAAUGAAAAACUCUUUUUGCCUAGAUGAAAGGGGAGGGGGUUGGAAAUCUUUGCGCUGUAGGAGUGUCAUUGCCCUAGUUAGUAGGUGAUUAUUAAUUUUUUUUUAAGGAAGUAUAUACACUUGUAAUUUUGAUGCAAUCAAAAAGUUUUACUAGGCACAUAUCGUUGUGACUUGUGAGUUUUGGGCUUGUCAAGUUCGGUUUGUAUAGGAGUAAUGACAAAGAACAUGUGUGAAUUGAGAUUGUAUGAUUCCCAAGUGGUAAGGAGAAGUAUCAAAUAUAUUGGAUGUUGCUGGUGAAUGAAGUAGCCCAUGUGAACGAAAUUCAUAAACAA